GCGAUCUCGUCUGAAGUAGCCGCGCUCGGGCCCCUCGACUCUCCAAUCGGUUCAAUCGUCCCGGCCCGGCCGGUGUCGCACGGUGCUACAUACACGCGCGUACGUAUAUACGUGCACACACGCGCGUGUCGCGAAACCAGGCGAACUUCUAAAUUCACGUGCUUCGUUGACCGGCCUCCAACAUUUCCGGCCACAGCAGGGAGUCCAGGUGAGAGGCUGCGACUCGGCGCGAGGCGCGACUUCGGGAAAGGAGGCGAGAAUCCAGGUUAAUGGCGUGUCGCACGACGUUCAUCCUUCCGGCGAGCGUCCUUCCGGUCCAGGGUAAGAGCGGCGGCGGCAGCAGCCAGCGGCUGAUCGCUGCACACGGCAGCAGCUGAGAGGGAAAACACGGCGAGCGCCCACCAUAUUGCGUAAGGACGACCGGCCCCGGGCAGAAGAUGUUCGUCUGCGGUAGAAUCGUCGGCCAACUGCCCGCCAGGCUCACACACGCGAAUCGCCUAUAUCGACCUGUAAAAUACGUCGGAGCUGUAAAUAUUAGUAACUUACGUCACAGUAGUGAUGCAAGUAAUAAGAAGCCAACAGGCACCACUAUCAAGCCAGAGGAAUGUAUGCCCUAUCAAUCGAAAUAUUCCAAAUCACAAAAAAUUGCUCCUGCUUGUGAGACGGGAGCGUCUUGUCCAGCGUCGCAGGAAGGAUGCAAGCCGAACGGCAAUCAAAAUCAGCCAAGUGAGAAAGGCUCAGAUGGCAAAAAUGGGAAAUAUCAAUUCCACUACUGGCACCUACUUGCCGCCUUGAUCGUGACGGGAGUUGCAUACAAGAUAUCUUCAUCGUUUUUAUCGAAAGAUGACAAAACAGAACAGAAGGGCAAAAGUAAAAAGAAGAAAGAAGGGAAAGGCCAUUGGAGAAAUAAAGUAAAAGUUCCAGCAGAAUCUAAAUUUUUACCUCAGGAGGUACCUUAUUUAUUGAUAGGUGGAGGAACAGCUGCAUUUUCAGCAUUUAGAUCAAUUAAAUCUAGAGAUCCCAAAGCUAAGGUUUUAGUUGUAGCACAUGAGGGAGAAUUUCCGUAUAUGAGGCCACCGUUGUCCAAAGAACUCUGGUAUAACACAGAUAGAGAAACAACUGCACAAUUACGUUUUAACCAAUGGAACGGAACUCAGAGAAGUAUUUUCUAUGAACCGCAAGAGUUCUACUCGAAUGUUGCUCAUCUCACUGAGUCGGAUAAGGGUGGAGUAGCUGUAGCUAUGGGUUGGAAGAUUACGAAAAUCGAUGUCCAAAAUAAAACAGUGACUCUCGAAGAUGGUUAUGAAAUAAAAUACAACAAAUGUCUCAUUGCAACUGGCACAUCACCUAAAAAUCUUCCGAUAUUCGAAUCCGUUGAGGACGGCGUAAAAAACAAAAUUCUAACAUUUAGAACGAAGGAUGAUUUUCUCAACUUGGAAGAAAAUGUCUCUAAUCCUAAAUGCAAGAACGUUGUAGUUAUCGGUGGUGGUUUUCUCGGCUCGGAACUCGCCUGCGCGCUCGCUAGGAGUUAUAAAUCUAAAAAUAUUUUCCAAAUUUAUAAAGAAAAGUUUAUAAUGGCACAAGUAUUACCAGAAUAUUUGAGUGAGUGGACCACAAAAAAAGCUGAAGCAGAAGGUGUUCACACCAUACCUAACACAGAAGUUCAAGAUUAUAAAUAUAAGAAAGGCCGAUUAUCCCUCGUCCUCACUGGUGGUGAGACUAUUGAUGCUGAUCAAGUGAUAGUAGCGGUAGGUGUUCAACCGAAUACAGAGCUGGCCGCAACUUCCAAUUUAGAGACGGAGCCUAAAAUAGGAGGAUUCCUCGUUAACGCUGAAUUAGAAGCGAGAAGCAAUCUUUGGGUUGCCGGUGACGUCGCAUGUUUCUAUGAUGUCAAACUUGGUAGAAGAAGAGUCGAACAUCAUGAUCAUGCGGUUACCUCCGGAAGAUUGGCGGGCGAAAAUAUGACCGGCGCGGGUAAACCUUAUCUGCAUCAAUCGAUGUUUUGGUCGGACUUGGGACCUGACGUAGGAUAUGAAGCGAUAGGUAUUGUAGACUCGUCCUUGCCAACGGUUGGAGUUUUUGCGAAAGCGGCGGAGGCAAAUGCCGCAAUGCCGGUUAAUAAUCCUAGCAAUGAACAAAAGACAAAUUCGGAAGACUCGCGAUCUAAUGAAAAGUCGGAGUCAUCGGUGUCACAAAUUGUGAAAAGUAUUAAUAACGCAGAAGAAAAGAAGAAAGAAUUGUCUGAAGAUAGCGUGAAGUCGGAACAAUUUACAAAGAACGAAGAUUUUGGAAAGGGCAUUGUUUUCUAUCUGCGAGACGAUGUUGUAGUAGGAAUAGUGCUGUGGAAUAUCUUCAACCGAAUGUCGAUUGCCAGACGGGUUCUUACAGGAAAUACGAAGUAUGAUGAUUUAAAUGAGGUAGCUAAACUAUUUACCAUUCACGAAGAUUGAUUACUUGAGAAAUAAGGAUUUGACUAACAAAUAAGAGAAUGAAUGACAAUAUUGAGAGAUUAUUGUAUCGUAUUAUACGAUUGUAUCGUAUAUGUAAAAAGAUGUCCGAGGUGUUAUCAUUGGAAAACCUGAAAGCGAGACCUGGCGUGUCGUUGAAUUUCGCAGGUAUGCGAAUUACACGAGUACUAAUGUUAUGUUGUAUACAUGAAGAUUUCUAAAUACAAUCUGUACACAAAAUGUUCUCA